AUGGAGGUUAUUGUUUUCUGGUUGGUGACAGUUUUGUCCUCUUUCAGGGAAACUGCACCCAGGACUAUCUUCCAAAGAGUCCUGGAUAUCUUGAAGAGAUCCGCUCGCACCGUCGAGCUGGCCUGCAGAGACCCGUCCCGCGUGGAGCACCUGGCCUCGAGUCUGCAGCUGAUCACAGAAUGCUUCCGGUGCCUGCGCAACGCCUGCAUCGAGUGCUCCGUGAACCAGAACUCCAUCAGGAACUUGGAUACAAUCGGCAUUGCUGUUGAUUUGAUUCUUCUUUUUCGGGAACUCCGAGUGGAGCAGGAAGCCCUGCUGACAGCUUUUCGCUGUGGCCUGCAGUUCUUAGGCAAUAUUGCCUCACGGAAUGAAGAUUCCCAGGCUAUCGUGUGGGCGCACGCUUUCCCGGAACUCUUCUUGUCCUGCUUAAAUCACCCAGACAAAAAAAUUGUUGCCUACUGUUCAAUGAUUUUGUUUACAUCCCUUAAUUCUGAAAGAAUGAAAGAUCUGGAAGAAAACCUCAAUAUUGCAAUUGAUGUCAUAGAAACUCACCAAAAGCAGCCUGAAUCAGAAUGGCCGUUCUUGAUUAUUACAGACCAUUUUCUGAAAAGUCCGGAAUUGGUGAGAGCCAUGUAUGCCAAAAUGAGCAAUCAAGAAAGGGUCACACUCUUGGACGCUCUAAUAGCCAAGAUGGUGGGCGAGGAGCCUCUGACCAAGGAUGACACGACGGCGCUCCUGGGCCACGCCGAGCUCAUCGCCAGCACCUUCGUGGACCAGUGCAGGGUUGUGCUGAAACUGACUGCCGGGCAGCAUGAUGACGACGAGGCCCUGGCUACAAUUAGGCUCCUUGACGUCCUGUGUGAGAUGACCGCCAACACCGACCUGCUCAGCUACCUACAGGUGUACCCUGGCUUGCUGGAGAGGGCCGUUGAUCUUUUACGGUUGAUUCAUGUAACUGCCAACGACACCGCGGACAUCUUCAAUACCUCUGCUCGCAUAAGCGCGGACGGGGACGUCAAAAACGUGGCUGAGGGCUUCCGGUCUCAUCUCAUUCGUCUGAUCGGAAAUAUGUGUUACAAGAAUAAAGAUAACCAAGACAAGGUCAACGAGCUGGACGGCAUCCCCCUGAUCCUGGACAGCUGCAGCCCGGACGACAGCAACCCCUUCCUGACGCAGUGGGUGGUGUACGCCAUCCGCAACCUCACCGAGGACAACAGCCAGAACCAGGAUCUGAUCGCCAAGAUGGAGGAGCAGGGGCUGGCGGACGCAUCCCUGCUGAAGAAGAUGGGAUUCGAGGUGGAGAAGAGGGGUGACAAGCUGGUUCUGAAGGCCACCAGCACCCCCCCGCCGUGACGGACCGUUCCCCAGGAGCCUGGAGUUUUGGAGUGUGUCUCACGGACGUUCCAUCUUCGCAGCGCGUGAAGGUGCAAGUGUUUGAGGCUCGGCACCGAUUCAGGAGCCCGGCACGCUUAGAUGCUAGUGUUCCUGUGUUUCCGCGUAAACGUGAGAGUACACGCGU